AUCAAGUGUCACGACCGUACCCGCGAAAACGCUUCGCGAAAAAAAUACCAAGUGCUACAAGUGCUACACAAAGACAAACAGGGACCAUCCCUUCUCUAUACGUACACUUUCUUUACUACUUUAGUUCGCGGCCCCGUGUAAGUGGGCUCUCUCCCUGAUGAGAGACCGCCUUCCUUGUCACGAGGGUCCUUGGCCUUAGCCAUUCGUAUACAUAUAUACCUUACUCAGCCUGCCCAUCAUUCAAGUUCAGUAACUUCACUCUCUCGGAUCCCGUACUGUAGGUAGUCCCGAUCUCGUAGUCGUCUCCUUGUGGCGUCGUCGCAGCCGUCGUCGUCUUCAAUUCCAUUGUUCUCUCCCGUCCCCUUCGUGUGUCUCGUGAGCUUUAUGACCACAAUGUCGGACUUAGACUCCUUUACUCUUUUCUCCCUGUUGCCUACAGAGUUGAGGCUUCAGAUAUGGCGACAUACCUGCCACCCUCGGGUCGUCGAGGUCUUGUACGACGACCAAGAAGACCGGUGUGCGUCAACCACGGUACCACCGGCCACCCUUCAUGCAUGCCGAGAGUCGCGGUUCGAAGCAUUGACGAUAUAUAAAAAAUCAUUUGGCACCAAAACCCACGAACCCAGGAUUUACUUCUGCCCAGAAAUAGACACCCUCUACCUACCUCGACCACCUUAUAUGGGCUAUGACGACGCCAUAAGAUCAUUCUCGGAGCUUGUCCUGGAUACCGACGACACUGUCAACCUGGCUAUCGAUUAUGUCAACCCUGACAUUAGACGCCCAUGGGAGACGUACAACAAAUAUGCCCUGAUGCACAGUUUCCCCAAGGUGAAAGAGGUCUACCUGGUCCUGGACGCAGACGCACCGGCGGAAGAGCACAUCUAUGAAGACCACGACGACCACGAAGAUAUAGGACUAGUCGAUCCAUCGGGAGAUAUAAUGGUUCUCUGCCGACUACUUUCCGAAGUCAAGGAAUCAUUUUUCUACGAGGUCGGGUCUACCUACACGGUCAGCGAUACGAAGGAGGAAUUCUACGAACAGCCCGUCUUGCCUCCCCUUGUGUUGAAGUCGAAGGUCACACAUCAUACACACCACGAGCAUACACACCAUGACCACCCACAUUACGAUCAUACGCAUCACUCAUAGAGGGAGCAUGGAACGGCUUUCUCUUAUGCCUAAUAUAAAUAUCAGGCUUUAGUUAAAUCCAUGACACGAAAAGACGUCAUGUUGUAGGUUUAUAGGGUAUUCUUAAGAAAGAUACCGCGAAAUCAGCAUAAUGAUAAUGAUAUAAAUAUUGAACUUCACCUUCGUCAUAGCCCAUCGGCAAAUAUUGAGUAGGAGUAAAUGUUUGCUGAGAUCUAAGCCUUCACCGCCUGCAAGCCUCAUUUCGUUAUCGUUUUACUUUGUCUUGAAGUCAACGGCACUUCCCUGCAAACCAAUAGCAGGUACAUGAGGCUUUCCAAAAACAAGGUCAGAUGG